GUGUCGAAUGCCAAAGCAAGUUUGAUGAUGGAGAGUGGACUAACGGAUGACAAUUUAAACCAUCAGACCAGAGGGAGACAGAAGAAAAAACUGUCUCGGGAUGAACGCACAGAAAAAUCCGAUAAACCCACUGAAGCAGCGCCCACUGUGUCUAUAGCUUUGGCUAAAGCCAAGGCAGAGACUGACACCUGGAAGGUGAAAUGUCAGUAUCUGCAGGAGAAAAUAGAAGAUUUAACAAAAGAUCGAGAUUUCCUUAGACAACAGCUGUCAGAAGCCAUCAAAAUGGACAACAACAUUCCUGACAGAAUUAAAGAUAAGCCUGCAGACAUCCCCAAAAGAAUGAAAAUCGAUUCAGAAAGUGACUCCACUGACUCUGACUCUUCUGAGUCUUCUGACUCAGAGUCAUCUAGCUCAGACUCUUCGAGGGAGAAGAAGAAAAGAAAGAAGAAGGGAAAGAAAGCAAAGAAAAGAGUGAAAAAACAGAAAAAAAAACAAGCAAAUGAGUAAAUUCUGUCAAAGGGUUACUGAUCCAUGGCAGGUGGUAAAGCGGUACAAAUCAGUCCUGGAGAUUUUCAAAAGAGGAAGCAACAUGGCAGAAGCUUUCCGGAAGUAUGGUGUUGACCGGAACACAAUCGUGCAGAGUGCAGCUAUUGCUGAACUGGCGAUUGCAGCACCAGAGAAAUAUGCAGAAAUCCAUGAAAAACAGGAAAAGGGAGAGAAAUUAUCAAACAUAACCCAGAAAUGUCAAGACGCAAUCAUGGCCGAUGAGAACAUUGCAAACAUAAUACAAACAAUGAAAACGGAUGGGAAGUUGCUUCCGAUAAGAAAAUAGUCAAUUUUCAUGCUAUAAAAAGUCGCAAAAAAAAAAGAACCAUAUACGUGUUUUCCAUGUUUAUUACAAUAAUAUAUUUUGCCUUGUUUAGGCCUGAAUUGAUAGGGCAGCACAUUUUGUUUUGUCCUUAAAAAUUUUGUUUUGUAUGUUUUGUUCUGGCAAAGAUUGCCAAUGUUGACCAGUUCUGAUAAUGUAAUAAAGAGGUCUUUUCUCAACA